CUUUUACUAAUCGUUCAUUUGAUAGGCCAGUUAAAAAAAAUUUCAGACAUACUGGCUUGUGUUAGUCAUCAAUAGUCUGAUUGGAUAAUAUAAGCAUAAAAGGUACAUAUAAAUAAACUUUUUUCUGUCUCGAUUUUUUCACUUUUCUUUUCUCAUUGUCUUCUUACAUUAAUGAAUUCUCUUCGUUCUGCUUUUACUAAAACCGCUCGUGUCAAUCCUCGUGUUGCAGCCAUUGCAUCAGGAUCUAUCUUGGGCGCUUCUCGAGUUCGUCCUGCUACUAUGAUCCAACAUCGUGGAUACGCUUCUACUGAUGCCCCUAAAAAGGGUGGAUCUGGUGGCCUUUUAUUCCUCACUUUGGCUUCUCUCGGCGGUGUUGCUGGUUAUUAUUACAACUCUGCUCAAUCCAUUCAAACACAAACUUUGACUAAUGAAAAGGAAAACAAGAACAUUGAUUACCAACAAGUUUAUAACGAUAUUGCAGAAUUACUUGAUGAGAACUCAGACUAUGAUGACGGUUCUUAUGGUCCUGUCCUUGUUCGUCUUGCCUGGCACGCUUCUGGUACUUAUGAUAAAGAAACAAAGACCGGUGGUAGUAAUGGUGCAACCAUGCGUUUCAAGCCUGAGUCCUUGCAUGCUGCCAACAACGGUUUAGAUAUUGCUCGUACCAUUUUAGAAAAGAUUCAUGUCAAAUACCCUGAGAUUAGUUAUGGUGAUCUUUGGACAUUGGCUGGUGUUUGUGCUAUUCAAGAACUGGGUGGUCCUACCAUUUCUUGGAGACCUGGUCGUCAAGAUGCUUUAGAAGACGCUAAGCCUUGUACUCCUGAUGGCCGCCUUCCUGAUGCUACUAAGAAGCAAGACCACAUUCGUGAUAUUUUCUAUAGAAUGGGUUUUGAUGAUCAAGAAAUUGUUGCUUUGACUGGUGGCCAUGCCCUUGGCCGUUGCCAUCCUGAACGUAGCGGAUUUGAAGGCCCUUGGCAAGAAGCUCCUACUGUUUUUUCAAACGAAUAUUACAAGGCUAUUUCUACUCGUACUUGGGUCAAGAAGGAGUUGCCUCAUGGUGGUUGGCAAUGGGUUGAUAAGAAUAACACAGAUGUUAUGAUGUUGCCUGCUGAAAUUUCCAUGUAUAACGAUAAGGAAUUCAAGAAAUAUUUUGAUCUCUAUGCAAAGGACGAAGACAAGUUCUUCAAAGAUUUCGCUGCAGCUUUCAAAAAGCUUGUGGAAUUAGGUGUUCCUUUUAAGGGCAAUGAAAAAGUGUAUGAAUUCAAGCGUACUACCGAUUAAGAACACUAGAAUCCUGUA